AUGUUUGGCAAAAAGAAACUAUCAGAGAAGGAAUGUUCGGAUAUUGCAGACAAAUCAGAGGACGUUCCUUCAGAGUGCCUCAUCUUCGCGAGCGUGAAGGCAAAGCUUGAUUCAAAGAACGACCCGUUUGCUGGAAUGCCCGGGGGUGCUGCAAGAGCUGUGCGCAAUGCACAGAUUCAGCGACGAAUGAGCACUCGCCACGGCCAAGGAGUUCAGGGGAAGAAGUCAUCAUGGUUUUGA